UGACCGGUCGUUCUGCUGCGUGUAGUGUGUGCAGUAAGUAACCAAUAGAAAGGAGCCUUGGUGGGCCCCAAGCCCACCAUAAAGUUUGUUCUCGUGACUGUUCACGCGUUUUUUUAAUAGGCCCAAAAUAGUAUUAUAAUUUGGAAUAAAAAAUAGGGGUUUUCCGUUAGAAGGAAACGGGCGAUAAAUCGGCUACUACUUGAUUGGAUGAGAAAUCCCAGCCGCAAAGCGGUACUCUCGUCUUUCAACACCGUCCACCGCCGUAGCGUCGCCGUUUCAUCCGGCCAUCCCCAAAUGGCAGCCACGACGACACCGACUGAAGCGAAACGGGGAGGGUCAAUUGACGACAAGGAGGAACAAGAGCAGACGAAGGAGAAGGCGAUUCCUCCUCCGCCGCCACCGGAGAAGCCUGAGUCGGGAGAUUGUUGCGGCAGCGGGUGCGUGAGAUGCGUAUGGGACGUUUAUUACGAAGAGCUGGAGGAUUACAACAAAACGUACUCGACCGGCGGAUCCGCAUCCAGUUCGCAACCUUCUUGACGGCGAGCGGCUAUCGACCUUGCUUUUAGCCGUGGGAUUGUUUCUUUCGAUUUUCAUCCCUACUUUCUAUAUUUCGAUUUGUGGGCUGGAGAAAUUUCUCCUUUGUAAUUAUCAUACUCCUUGUGCCUUGAGAUGGCUUCUUUGAGAGGUAAGUAUAACGAUUCAGUUGCAAGAUUCAGUCUUUUGCACAAGUCUGGUUUAUUUUGACCGAAUUACUAAUCGGGAACAAAAAAAAUUCGUUGGGUUGAUCGGCCUCUGCAGAUUUGUGUUACUGUUAUGUGCGUUGCUGGUAUAGAAUCAAAUUCCCUUCUUUGAAUCAGUUUUCCAACCAGGUCAACACUGAGACCUUCCGCUUCAUUGAUCUUCGAUGGCCUCACAGUGGAUUGGCAUUCUGCAAUUAAUUUCAUCAGGUGCAAGACUGCCAUAUUGAUCAUUUUGUCUGGUUUGUGAGUGUAACUAUAGCAUGGAAAGAGAGAUGUCAUCUGGUUUCCGGAGCAACGGUUAGGGAGAUCCGUUCGGGAAAAUAUAAUUUUGCUCACAAAGGUUGUCGACAGCUCCUUCAUCUAAAAAAUACUUUAGGAAGUCCAAUCCAACUAAUUACUAAUCCCACGAUCUCACGUCGACAACAACCCUUCUUUUCAUUUCUUUUGCACGUCGACGGUCGACCUAAACUCAUGGUUGUAAUUUGUGAAGUCGGUAGAUUGUAGGUUGGUUGAACCUGUUAUAACUGGUUUCGAUAAUGAAAUUGAUUAGAAUAUCACAAGUAUGACCAACAUGUUAAUAUAACGUUGUUUUUAUACAUUUAAUUAACAAAAUUAUAAUUUGUGA